AUGUGCAGCCAAGGCUGUGUGAUGGGUCUGCGCGCCUUGCUUCUGCAACCGCGAUCCAGGCAGAAAGAAGAUCAGCUUGGGAGAAAGCCUGAAGAUAUACCCGUUGCGAGCAGGGAAGGCGCUUCUGGCCCUCCCUCAACAAAGUUCGAGACUCCGAUGGAAAGACAGGUCCAGGAUGCCUUGAAGCCCCAUUUUUCCACGCUGCAGGAGGCGGUCCUGCACGAGUUGGAGGGAGCUGUGGAGUGCGCAAAUCCCAGGGAACAAUAG